AUGGGGAUUCGUUUGCCCACGUUUGUUCUUCAUGCCAAGCAAAUUCUCAAGCCAAGGUCUCUUCACAACCAGUACUCAUCUUCUCCGGUGGCGACAACAUUGGAUGCCCCAAAAGGUCAUUUUGCAGUUUAUGUGGGAGAGAAGGGAAAAAACCGGUUUGUGAUUCCAUUGUCAUACUUGAAGCACCCUUUGUUUCAAGAUUUGUUGAGGAAGGCUGAGGAAGAAUAUGGGUUUGAUCAUCCUAUGGGUGGUCUCACCAUUCCAUGCAGUGAAGAUGCCUUCCUGAAUGUUGUUUCUCACUUGAGUCAUCACUACUAA